UAUAAUCUGGUUCAAUUCAGUUCAACCAUCUACAACCCUUUCUUCAUAGUCGUUAUUCGGUGGGAAGAAACGAUGGGAGCAGAAACUGAAACGAAGCAAAAUCACGAAAAAGAGACACCAAUAGCUUCUCCAUCUACUCUCACAAAAGACCAGUUCCUCUCAUGGAAGCGACACAAGGACGCUGCUGCAUCAGCCAGAAAAGCUGAAGCCUCCAGGAAGCGGGCAGAGGAUAUUGCUGCUGGAACCGUCCAAAUGAACGGCCGGGAGCUGUUUCUGCAUGAACCAUGGGUGUUUGAUGACUCACGUUUUUGAGGUUUCUUUUGGUUGGCUUAAAGAGUUCUUCACGGUCAUGUUCAUGUUCAUUCUUGUAACGAGGUAGGGUUCAUCAAUGAGUUAUCAUUAUAUCGGUGAUACACAUACUUCCUUUAUCAAACUUUAUUUAUGUAGCAAUAGAUUUUUGGAAAUAUGAAGUUUGUCACUUUGGCAAAGAAACCAUAUUGAAAAAAAAUGUUUCUAUAUAAGAACAUGAUGGAUCUUUCUCACUUCAAAAACUGAGUUGUGACCAGUUGGAGUGUGGCAGUUUAUUAUCUAUCUUACAAUGGAUUUCUUCUCUGAUAA